CUGUUUCCGUAAAACAAUAACCGAGCCAGUUUCGGAAGCCACUUCCGUGACGUCUCUAGAAGAAAGGUGUCCGUGGAUCCCGCGGCCACUCGCAUUUCUCCGCAAGCAGCGACGCACGCGCCGGCGCCGGCGCAGGUUUUUGCAACAGACCCAAUGUCGCCCGCGAUCCCAACUUGGAGAAAUCACAAUCACUACCGUUUUUUACCAAAGACAUUUUGAUUUUUAUUUUUGGUGAUCUAUGUUUAGGUUUUAUGAGUUGUUCUAGUUGAAAUUUAAAGUUACUAAAGUUAAUUGUUUUGUUGGAGAUCAAAAAUGGAUUUGCGACAAUGUGCAGUUUUGGUGUUGUUUUGUUUAGUGAUUGGAAUUGGCACAGAUACAGUGUCCAAGGCAGAAGGCAGUUUGAUGUCAAUGAUCGACUUCCGAUAUUGGCGGUGCGUCAUGAAACGAGAGUGGAAGUGCCCAGAUAGCGAGAUAAACUUUUUUCUAUACACGCCGGAACGGCGCUUCAAGCAGUGGAUCGACGUGCGCAAGCCCAACCUGCUCGACGUGUACGGCUGGGACCCCAACAAGAAGAAUGUGCUCAUAGUGCACGGGUUCAACGGAACCUACUCGAAGAAUCCGAUGACCUUUAUACGGGAUGCAUACCUGUCCCGCAAGGACUACAACGUGUUCAUGGUGGACUGGGCGCCGCUCACCAGGUUUCCCUGCUACCUGUCCUCGCUGUCUAAUAUGAAACUAGCAGCGCAAUGCACAGCGCAACUGUACUCGUACCUGACGGCGGCGGGCGCGCUGGCGCGGCGCAUCACGUGCGUGGGCCACUCGCUGGGCGCGCACAUCUGCGGGAUGCUCUCCAACCACCUCACCGAGAAGCAGUACAAGAUUGUCGGUGAGUCUAUACUGCCGAACCCGUGUAGCGGCAGCAGACUAGCAGCGCAAUGCACAGCGCAACUGUACUCGUACCUGACGGCGGCGGGCGCGCUGGCGCGGCGCAUCACGUGCGUGGGCCACUCGCUGGGCGCGCACAUCUGCGGCAUGCUCUCCAACCACCUCACCGAGAAGCAGUACAAGAUUGUCGAUCAGUCGCUCACUAUUUACUUCGCCAUUAGACUGCUUAAGAGGUAG